UGUUUUUUGGGUUUUUUUUUAAACCUAUGGCGGCCGGGUAGAGCCGUUUUCCGUACAAUCUCGCGGUUUCUCUUUUGAUGCUCUCGAUUAAAUCUCGGUCGGGAUUAGAAGAGGGAACGUGACCGGGAAGUGGUUUUCAGGGUAACGGACCGCUGUGCUUGGCUGUGGGCGCCACCCCGCACCCGCGGGCGUGGACAGGCAAGGGUAGGCCUCAGGGCCGCGUCAGCCCAUAUGAAGGUAGUCUUCCCUUGCUCUCAGCCUCUUCUGCCUUUCGUGGCUCCGCAGAAAAAAGUUCUCGGUUCCUUCUCUUUCGUGGAGCAUUGUCCACUCACCCGGCCCCUCUGGCCUAACGUGGUCUUUCUCUUAAGGACGGUCCUUGGACGGUGGAGGCAGCUUCAGUGAACAGAGAGUCCCUCGUUUCUGCCCUAAAGUGAAAUCGUCCCCCCGCAAACAAACCUGCGUUUUUCUGCCAUGGUACCCGUUAAGCCCAACGACGGUAGCCCGGGUCUCUAUAAGGCUAUGGGAAAUAAAGAUGCCCAGCCCCCCGAUCCCGAGGGCAACCCGCCCAACUCCUCUCUCAUGAAAGCCCUGGACGCAGUUAUAGCAGCGGGGAGACGUGGCUUGCUGGGUCCGGCGGCCAUGGGAGCCCCUGAAAGUGUUCCCGCCGUGAACUUGGAGGGUUGCAACGGAGUAGCAGCUUCUGGGGGAAACUUGAACCCUAUUCCGCUAGUGGCGAGAGUCGACAAAAGGAAGAAGGCAGUCAAUGAGAAACGUACCGCUGUAAUCACGGUGGUGCCCUCCGCAGCAGCAGGUGUCGGAAAUCUGCAACCUGCACCAAAGGAAAUAUGGAUAUGUGGGAAUUCUGUGAUCUUGGCAUCAAAAGAAAGAGCGCAAAGUCGCCCACAAGGAUUGCAAUUAGGCAUCUCAACUUCACGGGCAAAUGUGUAUUGGCAUGGGAUACAGAGCAUGAUGUGGACACAGCUUAUACCUCUUUUGCAUGAAAUUUAUCAUCUUCGAUCUCCUCCAUCAGUAAUAAUAAUUCAUCUUGGUGAAGAUGAUCUGUUUCCCGAAAAUAAUACUUCAGUCAUUAUCUCAAUGAAAAAUGAUUUAGGUAUUCUUAAAAGAGCAUUCCCAGAUACUGUUAUAGUUUGGUCUUCACUGUUACCAAUACGUAUUUGGAAAAAUGAUCCAAAGCAUAGAUCUACAGAAAAUGCUCAAAUUGUGGUUAACAAGAUAAUGGUAAACUAUUGCAAUAAAAUUGGUGUGCACUUUCUGUCACAUAAUUUGAUUACCUCUGAUAAAUCACAUCUCUUCUUGCCAGAUGUCAGUGAUCUGUCUGAUGAGGGAGUUGAUAUCUUCAUAGCAAAUCUGAAGAAGGUUUUAAGAUUGUAUCAGAUUUUGCAGUAGCUGGGAAAGAGUUUUUGAAAAGCAGUCUGUAUAAUGUUUGGGAAGAUUGGUUUUAUUAUUACCUGAAAAAAAGGAGACAUGAGCUGACUAUAUCUAUACAAUAUAGCUCAAAGUUUUCUCUCACAGAUACAUUACAGAUUAACAGAUGUGUUCCUAUAGUUAACUUUUGGUCUUCUGUAACAAUUGUUAAUGAAACUGGGUGUUUACUCCCUUGGAGGGUUAUUGUAAAAUAACAUCAUAACAUCACAAACUUGUUAAGUAGACAUACCUGCUUGUGCCUUGUUUUUUUUCUAUCUUACUCUUUAAAGAAGCAGUUUCUAUUAUAUUUAAUAUAUAUAAUAUUAUAUAUAUGUAGAAACAUAUUGAAUAGGGUUUUUUUCUUAUAAUAAUAUCUGAAAGAAAUGGCUGAGGUUGGACAUGAAAGAGUAUUUUGUAAAUAACAGUUAUCAAAAUACUGUAUAUUUAAUAUGGCUGUCAAACCACAGUUGACAAAUAGUUUAAUCCAAGAACCUAGUGCCAUUGAAGGCUAUUACCUAGUAAGACAUUUAGGAAUUUGUAAGGUUCUGUCCAAAAGCAUUGUGUCAAAGAGGUGACUUGGAUCAAUAGCCAUGACACCAAACAAAAGUUGUUUUCUAGCAUGGCACAUUCAGAAAAUUAUUAUGGCGUUUGGCAGCAUAUUGCCCUGUAUAUGUUUUUUUUCCUUCAUUUAUUUUUGGACGCUUAUAAGAUUAAAUACUUUUAACAGUAUGGAUUCUAUUUUCUUAAUAUUAAUACUUAAUAUUAGGAAUUUUCUGUAUAAGCAGUAUUUCUCAAUAAUAGUGGUUAAAAAAAAGCUAGCUAUAACACCCAUAACAAGUAAAAGAAAUUCAAGUGGAUUAGUUGGCCUGUCAGAGAAAAUACAAAUAGCUACCUAUGAAUUUAGCAGUAGUGACUUAGCUUUCAGAUUUCAUAUAAUUGUUCCUUAAGCUGGGGAAAAGAGAAAAGGGAAAAAGAGAAAAAUGUUGCUGGUAAAAGUAUAAAGUAAGAAUAAAGCGCAAUAGUCUUAAAGGGGGACUGCAUUGUUUCUUCCUCCACCCCAUCUUGCGAAUUUUAUCUGAUAACAUUCAAAGCUAGUUGUUAUUUCCAUUGUUAGUUGAAAAUGAUAGAAAAAUCAUCCUUUUGUUCGUAGUUUUUAUAAGAAUAAUCAUCAGGUUAUUUAUACCCUUUUUUACUGUUUCAUUAUAAAUCUACAAAUUACUAUUUUAUUGGGAGGAUUUGGAUUAUACUGUACAUUACAUAAUAACCAUAAUAGCAUUUAUUUAGACUGAGGAUGAUCCCAUGCAUAUUUCAAACACUGGGGGAAAAUAUUCCAGAAAGAUUAUGAAACUUUAAUAUGCCACCUGUCGGUAUGUAUGUGAGACAACAGGAGUUAAGCAAAAGCCAUCACUUCUAAAUCUUUGGCAGUCAUGGCAUUAUUCAAAGGAAAUGAAGCAGAUUUACAUUAUAAUAAAUUCACCUGUCCGUGAAUUGAUGUUUCCUAACAUUUGUACAGUUUUAAUACUGUACUGAUAUUACUAUAGGAAUUUGAUUAUGAUAAUCUGUGAGGAAUAUGGAUAUGUGUGAGGAAGACUAUGAAAUGUAAACAGAAGUUCCAGCAACAUCCAAAUACUAUUACAUCUUUAACUUUUCUAUAAAAGGUGUAUACACAUUUUGACUUUCCAACUAAGUUUGUAAUUAAGAUGUGCAAAAAUUUUGUCAUGGAACAUUUAGCUUUCAAAAUGAGUGAUUCUGUUUUUGGAACAAGUUGUUUUGAGCAUUCCAGAAGUACAGUAGUUUGUUUCUGAACAAGUUGUAAUGCCCCUUGAUCAUGUUUGAUUCUGACUACAACAUGCAUAACUCCAUCAGGCUACUACUAGAGCACAUUCAAGGCUCAGAAAGCUGCUUUCAAAUUCAAACUGCUUCCAGAAAACUGAAUGGUCUGUUUGAAGUUCCACUUACCUGCCUUGGGGAUAGAUCAGUGCGGUUACUUACUGAUCGCUAAUGCCACCAAUCUGCAUCUUAAUUUGUUAGUAGGUCUAACUCUUUGAAUUAGCUAAGUGUCCAUUAGUAACAUGAUCAUUAUUGAAAUCAUAAUACAAUUUAUGACAACUUUCAAGGGAGUUAUUGCUAACAAGUACAUUGGGGAAUUAAUAAGUGGCAUGGCGCCAUACUAUAUGAUUUGGAAUAAAAAAAAUAAGCAGUUUAAA